CUCGCUUCAAGUAACACGGGUGUCGUUCAGGUUAGAUGUGCCGUGUGCUCUUAUCAGUUACGCGAGUGACAACCAGUGUCAUCCGAGUCAGAAGUUAGGUUGUUCCCAAAAUGAUGGAGCCAAAUGAACUCAAGGUUGAAGCCCUCUUGGACAUCAUCAACUCCUCCGCACGCAAAGCAAUGGCGGAAUACAAGAACACUCAACAUGGAGUCCCUGGUGUCGAUGCAGGCACCUUCCACCCCCUCGAUCUUGCGAUAGAUACACUUGCCCUCAGAAAGGCAAUCAGGCUGCUCGAAGGUGCAUGCGAGCAACUGAACACAAUACUGGCUCCCCCCCAACACACGGUAUAUAAUUUUGUAAAUAAUUACAAUUGGGCAUGCAUAGACGUCGCUGUGCAAUCACGUAUUGCAGACGUCUUGGACAAACACCCGGAAGGUCUUAGUGUGGAUGUAUUGGCUGACGCAGUCAACCUCGAUAAGACCAAGAUCGCACGCGUGUUGCGCGUUUUGGCCCUCAGGGGUUGCUUCAAAGAAGUUAAGCGAGACGUAUUCACAAACACACGAAUCUCCCUCGUGCUCAAGACAACAAAUAACGUCGGGUUUUUGAUAAAAACUCAGCGAGAGAUCCCAAAAUAUGCUGCGGUUCUCUAUGAGACUAUGGUCGACCAAGAGUUUGCAAGGUCGCACAAGGUUGAAAGAGCCCCACGAGCAUUCGCUCUCAGAAAGGAAGGCAAAAAUAACAGUUUCUGGGUUAUGGACGAUGAGGCACGCGAUAUAUUUCAAAAAGCCAUGAUGGGCUAUUCUGAGAUCCAGGGCUUGUCUGUGAUGCCGCAUCAUUACCCUUGGGACAACGUAUCCUCUGUGGUGGAUGUUGGAUCUGGAAUCGGAGCAAUGUCUAUUCCUCUGGCGAAAAUGUUUCCUCAUCUCAGAAUAACCAAUCAGGAUCUCCCAGAAACUAUAAAGCUGUCAAGAAAUACAUGGGAGACAAAUGCUCCUGAGGUACUGCUCGACGGGCGUGUAGAGUUCGUCCCAUUGAAUUUCUUGGAGGAGUCGCCCGUCGUCGGAAAGGAUGUUUACUACUUGAGGAGCAUCAUUCAUGACUGGCCGGACGAGGAGUCGAUGGUGAUUCUCCAUAAUGUUCGCAAAGCAAUGGGACCAAACAGCCGAGUAUUGAUUCAUGAGUGCGUGCUCUCGCGCGCAUUCGAAGGGCCUGACGUAGGGGCUAACGAGUCUAGUGAGGUAAGUUUAGAGUGUGGCUUGAUGGCUAAGGUUCAAUCAUACAUUCAGGAUCAUAAGGCGCCCGAACCUACAUUACUGAACUUCGGUAGUCACACAACAUACCAAAUAGACAUGGCCAUGUGGCUUGUUUUGAAUGGCAAGGAGCGAACCUUGAAGGAAUUCAAGGACAUUGGGCAAGUUCCUUCCAUGCCUGGAUACAUUGACGAUGUUUGAUUUGUUAUAAUUUGCAGGGCCAGCGCAGGUCUAGUGCUCACCCAAACCUAUGAUCUUGUAGG